AUGUUGGCUCCGGCCAACCGGCAUCUCUCGAGCGCACCACACCAUUUCGGAUGAUCAUAACACGCAACGCAGCGACCGUGAACGCACGUGUUUUUCGUACAGUUUGGUUCGCUCCUUGUUCGCUCCGUGGACGUUGUGUGUUGAUCAGUACCUAGAGUGACUUCAGUACAUCGGUAUCAAGCAAUGGCAGUGACAUUAGUGGCGUUUUUCUGAAAGUGCUUCACCGUACCAAGUGCUCAGUUUGCAAUGAAUCAAUCGACGACUUCGGAGGAGUCGCACUGUCACAUAAUGGAUAAGAACAUCGACUUCCAUAUCGUUCAGCUGUUCGAGCGGCUGGAAACGCUCCGGAAGGAUCCGGGCCCGAAGCUAUCCCUCUCCGUGCAGGGACGUGCCAACAUGCACAAGGAGCUGCGUACGCUGGAGCUUUGGAGAUCGGUCACGUCCGAGUGUUUGGCUUCGUUCUUCUACGUGUUUGUCGUGUGCGGUGCAGCUGCCGGUGCGGGCGUUGGAGCGAGCGUCUCCUCCCUGCUGCUGGCCACCUCGCUCGCUUCCGGCCUGAUCGUCAUCGUGCUGACGCAGUGCUUUCUGCACGUCUCAGGCGCUCAUAUAAAUCCAGCUGUCACCAUGGCCCUGGCGGUGACACGGAAGAUAUCGGCUCUGCGGGCCAUCCUCUACAUUACGGCCCAGUGCGGUGGAUCGAUCGCCGGUGCAGCCAUGCUUUAUGGAGUAACAGUUCCGGGUUACCAAGGUAAUCUACAGGCAGCUGUUUCGCACAGUGCUCAGCUAGCACCCUGGGAGCGGUUCGGGGUCGAGUUCAUCCUAACCUUCAUCGUUGUGCUGGCGUACCUCAUUUCGACCUGUUCCUUCAAGAAGUAUUUCGGAUCGUCCGCGAUCGUCAUCGGUGCGGCGUACAGUGCGUGUAGCUUCGUAUCGAUGCCCUACCUGAAUCCAGCCCGUUCCCUGGGUCCCUCGUUUGUGCUGAACAAAUGGGACAACCACUGGGUGUACUGGAUUGGGCCGUUCUUCGGCGGCAUCAUUGCCGGUCUGAUCCAUCAGUUUGUGUUUACGCCGAAACCGAAAUCCAAGAGCAAAUCGAAGAGUGGCAACAGCUCAAGCAUCUCCGCCGUUGCCGCCGAGGAGCCGAACAACUACACGGUGGAUGUGAGCAAGAUGGCCGCGGCGCAGGGUGUCGUCGGGAAGUUCCAAAACGCCCGGCACCACAGUGGAACGCUGCCGUCGCGCUUCUGCCACAGCAUGUACGCGAGCAGCGAUCAGCCGACGAUCAAGAUUGAACCGCUAGAUCCGAUCUACGGCGCUGCCGGCAAGUCCAUGUUUGGGAAGAGUCCGCAAAUGUCCCGCUCGAACUUGAAUCGCUCGCAGUCGGUGUACGCUAAGAGCAAUACGGCACUGCAUCAGGAGAUUCCGGCUACCGUAGCGGCCACGGCAACCCUGCGCCCGGGCAUGCUGGUCCCAGCACAGAGUCUAUACCCGCUGCGAGUGUCUCAGCAGCAGCAGCAGCAGCAACAGCAACCACACGUACACACGCAAAACCAGAACGUACAGAAUCAGCUGCAUCAGCGCUCGGAAAGCAUCUACGGUAUGCGUAGUGCCGUGCGACAGCAGCAACAGUUGGCCGACCAUCUUUCUCAGCAGCUUGCCCCACGGCCAAGCCACUCGGAAGCGGGCCAGACCGGCUUUCAGCCCAUCUACUCCGUGCGGAACAAUCCCGCCUGCUCGACCGAUGGUUUGCGCGAUGUCCACGAACAGGCUGGCUGCGAUAAGGUAAUCAACACGCUGGCCCGGACCGACCGGCCCGAAUCGGUGUACGCCGCAACGCGCCGCAUCCACUCGACACACUCGGACGACAGCUCGUACGGGUCGUACCACGGCAAUGGGCAGGGUAAUACGCCACCCACUCGCAACGAUCCGCAUCAGCAGCACGGUGGUCCGUACGGUGGAGCUUCCCUGCUGCAUCCCGCGUCCAGCUCACGCACGCUGCCCCAUCCGCACGGACAUCGAGGCGUGAUCCUGCACGAUCCUAACAUGCCACCGCCACCGCCACCGCUCAUGAGCUGUAGCUAAGCGGGGAGCGCACGCUCCACACCACCACCACCAAAUGAACCCGUAGCCGUUAAGAGUGUAGAGUUUUUUGCGUGUUUGCGUGUGUACUGCGUUUAUACGAAAUAGUGAUCCUAUUAGACUGUAAGCAUGUUAUUUAUAAAUCAGAACUAAGCCACAAGACAGGCUCCCGCUCCUCCCUACCCUGUAGAUUGUAGUAAUUUAUGGCCAGCUUGAAAGGAUGUCACAUUGCUGUUGUGAUGAGCUGUGGGAAGGUGAAGACUGAGCAAAUAUAAGCGAACAUAGCGAACGCAAAACGAAUCGAGCAAAACCGUUGUAAUUGAGAAGAAUUUCUAUGUUUUGUGUACUUAUGGUGAAUAAAAUAUAAUCCUGGUUAAAGAAAAAAUGACGACUUUUCUUGA